AUGUUCCUUCGAGAUUCUGAUUCAGCCGGACGGGGGACACCCCUGGUCUGCGUGGCCCCCGCGCCGCCACGCCCAGUGGCCGCCCCAGCCCUGCGAUUAGGGGGAGGAGCCGCUGCCAGUGGAGGCGGAGGAGCAGAGGAGGCGGAGACGGCAGAGACGGCGGAGAAGGCGGAGGCGAAGGUGGAAGGGAAGGUAGAGGCGGCGGGGAAGGUGGAGGCGGCUGGGAAGGUGGACGCCACCGGGAAGGUGGAGACUGUGGAGGGUCCGGGACGCCGGGUAGAGCUCAAGCUGGAGCCCGAACCUGAACCCGAGCCGGCACGGGAGGCGGAGCAGGAGCCGAAGGGGGAGCCGAAGCAGGAGCCUGAGGAUGAGAACCCGGCGCGGAGUGGCGGUAGCGGCGGCAGAGACGAGGUUCCUCUCCCCACCCUUCCCUCCGACCCCCCGCGGCCCCCCGAUCCUUCCCCGCGGCGCAGCCGUGCCCCCCGCCGCCGACCCCGGCCGCGGCCGCAGACCCGGCUCCGUACCCCGCCGCAGCCUAGGCCACGGCCCCCGCCCCGGCCCCGGCCCCGGCGCGGCCCUGGGGGCGGGUGCCUGGAUGUGGAUUUCGCGGUGGGUCCACCAGGCUGUUCCCACGUGAACAGCUUUAAGGUGGGAGAGAACUGGAGGCAGGAACUGCGGGUGAUCUACCAGUGCUUCGUGUGGUGUGGAACCCCAGAGACCAGGAAAAGCAAGGCAAAGUCGUGUAUCUGCCAUGUGUGCGGCACCCAUUUGAACAGACUCCACUCUUGCCUUUCCUGUGUCUUCUUUGGCUGCUUCACAGAGAAGCACAUUCAUGAGCACGCCGAGACGAAACAACACAACUUAGCAGUAGACCUUUAUUACGGAGGUAUAUACUGCUUUAUGUGUAAGGACUAUGUAUAUGACAGAGACAUUGAGCAAAUUGCCAAAGAAGAGCAAGGGGAAGCUUUGAAAUUACAAGCCUCCACCUCGACCGAGGUUUCUCACCAGCAGUAUUCAAUGCCAGGCCUCGGUGAGAAGUAUCCAACCUGGGAGACAACCAAACCUGAGUUAGAACUGCUGGGCCAUAACCCAAGGAGAAGAAGAAUCGCCUCCAGCUUUACCAUCGGUUUAAGAGGACUGAUCAAUCUUGGCAACACGUGCUUUAUGAACUGCAUCGUCCAGGCCCUUACCCACACUCCGAUCCUGAGAGAUUUCUUCCUCUCUGACAGGCACAGAUGUGAAAUGCCGAGUCCGGAGUUGUGUCUGGUCUGUGAGAUGUCUUCGCUUUUUCGAGAGUUGUAUUCUGGAAACCCGUCUCCUCAUGUUCCCUAUAAGUUACUGCACCUGGUAUGGAUACAUGCACGGCAUUUAGCAGGGUACAGGCAACAGGAUGCACAUGAGUUUCUCAUUGCAGCGUUAGAUGUCCUGCACAGGCACUGCAAAGGUGAUGAUGCUGGGAAGGCAGCCAGCAAUCCCAACCACUGUAACUGCAUCAUUGACCAAAUUUUCACAGGUGGCCUGCAAUCUGAUGUCACCUGUCAAGCCUGUCAUGGUGUCUCCACCACAAUAGACCCAUGCUGGGACAUCAGUUUGGACUUGCCUGGCUCUUGUACCUCCUUCUGGCCGAUGAGCCCAGGGAGGGAGAGCAGUGUUAACGGGGAAAGCCACAUACCAGGAAUCACUACCCUCACGGACUGCCUGCGAAGGUUUACGAGGCCAGAGCACUUAGGAAGCAGUGCCAAAAUCAAGUGUGGUAGUUGCCAAAGCUACCAGGAAUCUACCAAACAGCUCACAAUGAAUAAAUUACCUGUCGUUGCCUGUUUUCAUUUCAAACGGUUUGAACACUCAGCCAAACAGAGGCGCAAGAUCACUACAUACAUAUCCUUUCCUCUGGAGCUGGAUAUGACACCGUUCAUGGCCUCGAGUAAAGAGAGCAGGAUGAAUGGACAGUUGCAGCUGCCAACCAAUAGUGGAAAUGAUGAGAAUAAGUAUUCCUUGUUUGCUGUGGUUAAUCACCAAGGAACCCUGGAGAGUGGCCACUACACCAGCUUCAUCCGGCACCACAAGGACCAGUGGUUCAAGUGUGAUGAUGCCGUCAUCACCAAGGCCAGUAUUAAGGACGUGCUGGACAGUGAAGGGUAUUUACUGUUCUAUCACAAACAGGUCCUGGAACAUGAAUCAGAAAAAGUGAAAGAAGUGAAUACACAAGCCUACUGA